AUGCCGAGCUCCAGCAUGAGAAUGACUGACAUAAAUGCUCAGGACGGAGUCACACCACUGUUCAUAGCAACCGUGAAUGGACAUGUGGAAGUUGUGCAGCAGUUACUGAAUGCUGGAGCAAAGUCAGACAAGGCCAAUAAGGACGGACUCACACCACUGUUGGUAGCAGCCACUAGGGGACACGUGGAAGUUGUGCAGCAGCUGCUAAAGUCUGGAGUAGAACUGAACAAGGACGGACUCACAGCACUGUUCAUAGCAGUCCAGAAAGGACAUGUAGAAGUUGUGCAGCAGCUGCUGAAGGCUGGAGCAGAGGUGGACAAGGCUAUGCAGAACGAAGCCACUCCACUAUCCAUAGCAGCCUAUUAUGGACAUGUAGAAGUUGUGCAGCAGCUGCUGAAGGCUGGAGCAGAAGUGGACAAGGUUGUACAGGACGGACUCACAGCACUGUACAUAGCAGCCCAGAAGGGACAUGUAGAAGUUGUGCAGCAGCUGCUUAAGUCUGGAGCAGAAGUGAACAAGGCUGAACAAGAUGGAACUACUCCACUGUCCAUGGCAGCCCAGAAUGGACAUGUGGAAGUUGUGCAGCAGCUGCUGAAGGCUGGGGCAGAAGUGGAGAAGGCUAAUGAGUUGGAGCAAAGCGUCCAGGGAGAGUGCUGCGCCUUAAUGUCCCCUGAGGCGUCGGAGAACUGCCUCCUUGAACUUUGGGGCGUCUGUGAUCUCCGUGACCUCGUAUGGUAG